CCUGAAACAGCCGCCUCCAGGAAGUUCUCCCUCCUCGGAGCUCGGCCCGGGGCCCCGCGUAAUCCUUCGCUGUGUUUCUGCUGCAGCUAUGGCGCAGCCGAGCCCUGGAAGGGACGGAUCUUAGUUCCUGGCUCCCCUGCGUCCAGCUAGUGAUCCUGCGGUGGGAGUGGGGUGUUGCUGCACGGUCUCUUGAAGUCUUGUGGGCUGGAGUUCGAAUCCCAGCUUUGCCACUUGCUGACUUGGGACACUGAGCAAGUGAAUUAAAAUCUCUAAAGCUUCGGAGGUGGAAUAUUCACACCGAUCAUCACGAGGCUAUCGCGGGAAUUUAAAAGCGCUUUGGGAGAAAUCGUUUGCAGGAGAUGCUCUGUAAGGUUAAUUUCCUCUUCCCUUUUCCUCGAGUGAAUACAUUUGGAGUUGCAGGGCUGAAGAAGGGGGAACUGCAGUCUUCCGAAUGGCAAAGAUGGGGAGAGAAGGAGAUGAAAUUGACCUCCCACCUCCCCUUGGCUUCUUUGUUCUUAUCAGACCUCUUGGCCACUCCCCCAUCCUAAAGUACUGUGGGCUUCCUUGACUCAACCCCCCUCUCCAGAAAUGAUCACCAAGACCCACAAAGUAGACCUGGGCCUUGGGCUCCUGGAGAAAAAAAAGAAGAAGGUAGUCAAAGAACCAGAGACUCAAUACUCAAUUUUAAAAAAUAACGAUUAUUUCGCUGAUGCUUGUCCUGUAAGAGCCACAUCCCCCUCUAAGAAUGUAGCCCAAGGGCAGGCACCUGAGAUCCUUCUAGUGAAGAAAAAGAAGAAAAAGAAGGGCCACAGCACCCUUUAUGAGGAGCACCUAGAAUCUGAGACUACACUGUGUAUCAGACAGACAGAGAAGUCACCCAGCCCCAGGAAGCAGGCCCUCGGUCACUUGGAGAACCUCACUGGGGAGAAGAAAAAGAAGAGGCAGUCCUUGUUAUCUCCAACCGUGUCCCAUGGCUCAGGCAUAAAGACUUCCCCAGACCCCAGACAGAGUGAGGAGGUGGCCAGAGCUGGCAAGGAGCUCAAAAAACGCAAGAAGGAAAAAAAGGCCCAGGACACUGCAGCCUUUUCAGUCCAGGACUCUUGGUUCUGUGAGGCCAGGGAUGCUCUGUCUGUUUGCCCAGUGGGAAAGGAGGGUGAGGACCAGGCAGCCUUGGUGCAGAAACGGAAGCAGGGGAGCCCCAGGGAUCACAGUGGGAAGAUGAAGAAGAAAAAAAAAAUCCACCAGGAGAGAGACACCCUCCUAGUCUCCUCCAAGCUCUCUAGUUCCGUGAACAGCAGCCCUAGGAAAGGAAGUAAAAAGAAGCCAGUCAAAGUUGAGGCUCCAGAAUACAUCCCAAUUGGAGAUGGCCCUAAGGCCCCAACAAAGAAGAAGAUGAAGUCCAAGAAAAAGGGAGAGCAGCCAGUCAUUGAGGAGUUGCCUCUAAAAAGGAAGAAAAAGAAGAAGAAAGAGAGCAAGGUGGCAGGAGACCCUUGGAAGGAGGAGCCAGACACAGACUUAGAGGUGGUGUUGGAAAAGAAAGGCAACAUGGACGAGAUGCACAUAGAUCAGGUGAGGCGAAAGGCCUUGCAAGAAGAGAUCGAUCGCGAGUCGGGCAAAACAGAGGCUUCUGAAAGCAGGAAGUGGACAGGAACCCAAUUUGGCCAGUGGGAUACUGCUGGUUUUGAAAAUGAUGAACAGAAACUGAAAUUUCUCAAACUUAUGGGUGGCUUUAAAAAUCUCUCCCCUUCAUUCAGCCACCCUCCUCGCACGACUGGAAGGCCCAACAUGGCCCUCAACAAGAAGGCAGCUGACACUCUGCAGCAGAACCUGCAGCAGGACUAUGACCGGGCCAUGAGCUGGAAGUACAACCGAGGGGCCGGCCUCGGCUUCUCUACUGCCCCAAACAAAAUCUUUUAUAUCGACAGGAAUGCUUCCAAGUCAAUCAAGUUAGAAGAUUAAACUCUAGUGUCCUGUCUCCCACAACAGCCAAAAUUGCUUUCAUUGUUCAGUCUUGAAGAUGACAGCCCUCUGACUGUUGUCUCGAAUCACACACCUGCAAAGAUUAAGGACAACUAUCUUGAUGGACUUGGACAAACUGGGGUGGGGGACAGCUCAUGUUUUAGCCAAGAGAGCAAGUGAGUGUCUAAAACCUACUGUUGUCCAUGUUAAACAUUCCAUCCCUGUCCGAAGACAUUGGCGUGUGUAAAUAAUGGUAGGUAACAUUUGUUGGGUGUUCAGCAUGUGCCAGGCACAUACUGGCAUGUUUUCCUUGCAUUAAUGUAUUUAAUCUUC